CCAUCUAGAAAUCAACGUUAAUUAAUGAGAAAAUGUUCCAUAGCCCAAGACUAAGGGCAACUUUGGAAUACUCUAAAAUAGCUACCUAUGAAUUUUCAUGUUUUGAAAGUUUUAAGACCUUCAAGAGCUCUAUGAACGUCCCCUCAAAAACAGGGAAAAUGCCCUGCUUCCACAUCUGUUGCCAUUUGAACCUUAUACAGAAAGAGUGUGAAAUAAAUUCCACUUUAUAAAUAAAAGACUAGUGGGUGAUUACUGAAAAAAUUUAGCAACAGUAUGUACCUAAUGAAAGCUCUUGAGAUGUUAGGAUAAAUUUGAUCUGAAAGGAAAAGCAGGCUUCUGAACAACUGAAUAAUCAAAUGGCUUUGCAAAAUAUCUUACAGAGGCCCAGUAUGAAACUGUAUGGCAUGUGUCUCUAAAACAUACUCUCAUAUUCGGAAACAUUUCCAUAUCGUACCAUUGUCCCCUACAUGGCAUGUUCUCAUUGCCAUUUGACAUAUCAGCAUGUCACAUACCUUCAGCUUCCCUGGGUUGCUUACUUCUAUGUGAUUUAUUGCAUAUCCAUGAAAUCUGUUGCACACCUGCUGAUCUGUGUUUACUCUGAACACAAAUUUAUCGAAGUCAUUCAAGUAAAAGGGAGAAAUUAGCUUAUUUAAUUUCUUUGCACCUAGUUCCUUAUCUCCAUGGGGUGGGAGAAUAUUUUUGCUCUCUGCUCCUUAAUUUAUAUUCUCUAUCCCCAUUCCUCCACCCCUGGAAUAUUUCAGCCUCCUGUGCACGGGUGCCUCCUGUGGUUCUGGCAGUAGCUGAUGACAUGUCAGUAUUGUAGAGCUCAGCUGAGGAUAAGCUGUAAUUAAAAGACAUUAAAAUAGUGUGUAGGGGACAAAAAAGCAAAAUCUAUCACAAUCUCUCACUGAUGUAGCAUCUGAGCAGGAUACAUGCUUAAAAUAACACACAGAAAAUAAUCUUUCAAACCUUUUCUUCAGGUCUCUAUUGACACCCCCAGAAGAAAUGAUUUCAAACUAUUCAGAGAAGAGCAAUCCUGCUCUAGUCCUUGAAAUCCUACAAGCUACACACACCCACACACCUGCAUUAUUUCCUCACCUCCUCCAUAUAAAAACAAAACAAAAACGUGAGAACAGUGGGCUGGAAAUGGAGCUGCAGAAUGUGAAGUUGGAAGGAUUAAUUAUGUAACACACCCCCACUCCUACCCAUACCCACAGCAAUACGAGUGAGGUAAACCUAAUUCUCCCAACUGGAAACUCCGAACUAGAAAGGAGAAAGCGAUGGAGGGGAUGGAGGAACAACAGCUCGAUAAACAUGUCAACAAAAUGAGUGGAACGUUGUGAUGCAUUGUCAUGGAGGAAGAUGGCAUUAGGUAAAGAUGUCUAAUAAAUGAAUAAAUAAAUAAUCCAAGCUUACAAAACAUCCUUAGCCCCAGCGAGACCUCUUCUUCCCCACCCCCCUCUCACCCUCCCUCCCACCCACCUUUUUCAGCGGUAGCUGCAUCCAACCUGAAACUGUAUUUUUACAAUUCAUGGUUAUCCGAUGGUGUGGAUCCUGCUGAAAAAUUCAAGUGAAACAGAAGAUGGGUGCACAUACAGGAGAUUAAGAUAAUUUAAGAAACCAGGUUUGCUACUUGGAGCAAAGAACUCGGAGGAAAGAAGCUGAAGUAGGCUUCUUCAGCAGCCCUGUAAGAUCCUUGACGAGUGUCUUUGCAAAGAAAAUAUUGCUGAUUUGAAAGAUGAGACAGGAUGGAAAAUGUUGCAUGCCUGUGUGAGAGGGAGACAACGUGGGUGUGCGUGGGUGCGUGCCUGUGUAUGAGAGGGCGUAGGCAACGAGUGGGGGGAGCUUGAGAUAAUGCUUUUCUACGAAAGUCACGUGAGUGCAAUUCCCAGAGAAGGGCACUGAGCAUUUAACAAAAGUGGAAAGGGAGGAGAAAGAUUGCUGUUUCAGAAGACAUUAAUGGAAAGACAGUGGCAAAUACUGUGAUUGUCUUUAAAGGAAGUUUCCUGGAGACCUAGAGAAAAAGAAGCCCAAAGAAGGAAACUAAAGGGCUAUGAUUUCCUUGUCCUGUUGCUUUGUCUCUGGCUCCCUCUGCCUCUGGAAGAAUACCCACAGGACACAAAGAUGCCCAGCUGGUCACUGCACGCCCAAGUUCGGUUUAGCUGGUGCUUCUCUCCUGUUUAGCCUGACUGCUUUCUCUGAAGGGGAGGAUUCGCAACCCGACAGCCCUUUAGUUUAACCUGAAGAGUGUGUGCCGCCUCUCUGAUCAUCUUAAGAGCCUACUAGAAGUGCAAGUGAGAGGAAAAGAGGAGAACUUGCAAGUGCCCAAGGAGCUCCUGAUGCCAAAAGAAGAUAAACAUUCCUGUGGACGAAGCAGAAAGAACAGAGAAGACUGAUUUAUUGCUGCUUUCCGUAAUAUUUUUCUCCCUGUCCUCUGGCACACACAAGUGUUCGGAAAUCUUUGAAAACAUAAAACAAAACACCAACCCCGAAGCCCCAACCCCUUGGCUAGCUCUUAUGGGAAUGAAACACUCCUCCCGCUGCCUGCUCCUGAGGAGGAAAAUGGCGGAGAACGCUGCCGAGAGCACUGAGGUUUGCCCUGUCCCAUCCCAGCCUCCACAGCCUACUGUUGUUCCGAAACCAGUUCAAUCUGUCAUACAUGUCCCAUUGCAACCAAGCUGCCCAGGCCGAGGCAAGAUGGCAAAGCUCCUCAAUCCAGAAGAGAUGACAUCCAGGGAUUAUUAUUUUGAUUCCUAUGCUCACUUUGGAAUUCAUGAGGAAAUGUUAAAGGAUGAAGUACGUACAUUAACCUAUAGAAACUCAAUGUAUCACAAUAAACAUGUUUUUAAAGAUAAGAUUGUCCUUGAUGUUGGAAGUGGCACAGGAAUCCUCUCCAUGUUUGCUGCAAAGGCAGGAGCCAAGAAAGUAUAUGGGAUUGAAUGUUCAAGUAUAUCUGACUACUCAGAAAAAAUUAUCAAGGCCAACCACUUGGACAACAUAAUCACAAUAUUUAAAGGUAAAGUGGAAGAAGUUGAAUUACCUGUGGAUAAAGUAGACAUCAUCAUCAGCGAGUGGAUGGGUUACUGUCUUUUCUAUGAGUCAAUGUUAAACACAGUCAUCUUCGCACGAGACAAGUGGCUGAAACCAGGAGGGCUAAUGUUUCCAGACCGAGCUGCUUUGUACGUGGUAGCAAUUGAAGACAGACAGUACAAGGACUUCAAAAUUCACUGGUGGGAGAAUGUGUACGGCUUUGACAUGACCUGUAUUAGGGAUGUUGCCAUGAAGGAGCCUCUGGUGGACAUAGUAGAUCCAAAGCAAGUGGUGACCAAUGCCUGUUUAAUAAAGGAAGUAGACAUCUAUACAGUGAAGACUGAAGAACUGGCAUUUACUUCUGCAUUCUGCCUCCAAAUUCAGCGUAAUGAUUACAUUCAUGCCUUGGUCACCUAUUUUAAUAUCGAAUUUACAAAGUGUCACAAGAAGAUGGGAUUUUCUACAGCACCUGAUGCUCCCUAUACUCACUGGAAGCAAACUGUCUUCUACUUAGAGGACUAUCUAACUGUGAGACGAGGAGAAGAAAUCUAUGGAACGAUAUCCAUGAAACCAAAUGCAAAAAAUGUGCGUGACCUGGAUUUCACAGUAGAUUUGGAUUUCAAAGGACAGCUAUGUGAAACAUCAGUAUCUAAUGACUACAAAAUGCGCUAGCAAGAAACUUCUCGGUGAGAUGAAAAGAAUUGUAUCAAGUCUUGAACUGCUGAACUUCAAGCUAGGAACAAGUGAUCACAAGAUUAUUAUAUUAAGCAUUAGAACGUUUACUCCAAUGGAAAGUGGUAACCUGAUCCGUCUUGCAGAUAGUACAGAGGGCUGAGAUCCCUCUGUGAAUGUACAGUGUACAGAACCACAGCUUUUGUCAAACAUAUAGGAAAAACAAACAACAGUAUUGAGUGUUCUGGUUAACUUUAGGAUGGCAGAGGAUGCAUAUAAAAAUUGUACUACUUACUGUGAAUUUCUGGUUCUUCCAAGCUUUGCAUGUUACAGGUGAUUAGAGCAGCGUCUUCAAUAUAGAAGACCACUAAAACACAUCACCAUGAUAGUAUUGAAUAUUAAUUAAAUAUUAAAUAUAGUAUAAAUAUUAUAUAUAAUACAAUAUAAUAUAAUAUAAUAUAUAUAUUGUACAUGAGAAAAAAAUGUUGCUUCAUAAUUGGAAUUUGUUUUGUGAUUACUUAAUUUUCAUUAUGCAGUUACGGAAAGAUAAUAGCACUACUCUAGGCAGUGUUAUAUUCCAGGUGUCAUUAACUGUCCAAAAUUAGAGCUUUGGGAAAUAUUCCAUGCAAAAUGUAGGUAAGAGCUGGGACUUUAUAGAAGGAUAAACAAGUAUCUUUUACAAUAUCCAUCUGGAAAAUAUGGACCAUGAUUUUUAAAAUUCACCUACACAACUGGACGUCUGUCAGAGCUUUAAAGAACAUUAGCGUUUUAUUUUUGAAUAUAUUCUGUGGUGAGUUUUUAUAGCUGGAUUUUGCAUGAGACCUUCUGAAAUCAGACAGCUGGUAUUUAAAUGUGCUGAAUGCAAAGUCUCUGAAAGGGUGGGCAGUUCAUGUUUUUUGGCCUUGUAGUUUUUUUGCCGAUUUCUGUUCUCUGCAAGAUACAAAACCAUUUUCAAAAAUAGGAAAUUAGUGUUUCCUUUUGUUGAUGUUUUAGAUGAGUUUUAAUAUGCAAAUACUAGUCUCAAGAGUGCAGUGAUUUGCUGGAACAAGUUGAUGUCUUUAAAAAAGUAUCUAUGGCUUCUGAUAUUACUAAGAUGUCUGUAUCUUUCCCAUCCCCUUACAUUCCUUGUUUUCAUUACAAUACCUUAUGGUUAUAGGUAAUGUAUUAACUGCUGAUAGUUUUUCAUACGUAUGCAUUGAGUAUUUUUAAUAUAUGAAUAUUGACCAUUUAAUCACAAGUAAUUUGUCAAAAACUGUAUCAUUAUUCCUAACUAUAAAUCUUCCAGUCACUAUAGCAUUAGGCACUAGAUCACGUUCCAUUAUUUAUUGGAUGAGAUUGCCUUUUUUUUUUUUUUUUUUUUUUGCCUGAAAAGUCUUUUUAAUCACCUGUAAAUAAAGCUUACUUGAAUAUGUGAGCUAAGAAUGCUGCUGAUCAGUAAGCUGUUUGCAGGUUCCUGUUUUGCCAGCAUAGGAUUGUCAGCUUUUCACUUUUUAGAAACCGGAAAUAUUGCUUUUCUCUUCAUGAAAACUGUACAGUACUUCCAUUUUCUUAUAGUCUAAAGAUUAUGGUCUAGGGAUUGUAUUACAUGGUAUCUAUGUAGAAUGAGAUUAAACUGUAAUUCAGCAGUAAAGAUUACUGUUUGCAGUGUAGUUCAUCACAGUUCUUUUAAAGUACUUUAUUUCAUAUUCUUGGAAUGGGGUAAAUAACUUUCCUCACAAAAUUACUGGCAUUAUUUCUGUCAAAUAUUGCUGUAAUUUUCAAGAGAUCCACACAGUGAGUAAUGGCUUAGAACAGAAAAACCUCCAGAAAUCUCUUUCUGUCAACACUUCUGUGAUUCUGGAACUCCAAGGUAAGGAAUUCUAGAUUUUUUUCUCUGCCCCCUCCAUUUAUAUAAAGAUACUCUUGACUUUAAAACAACGGCCAGACCAGUCACUUUCAGCUCUGGGAAACUGACUUGUGCUUUUCUUCACAUCAAAAGCAUAACACAUACUUCUCCAUCACAUAAAGAACUAAUCAAAUCACAGUGAUCAAAAGGAAAAUUUAGGCUUCCAGGGCCCUUACACGUGUUAUCUGCCACUAAUAUUCUGAAAGCACCAAUGAGUUUAGCAUACAUAGGGUCUCUUAGCUCAACAUCAGUGAAACAUAAUUGCAAGGAGCUUGAGAGCCAGGUGCAAUCAGUUGAUGGGCUGAUAGGAUGUUGUGGUUUAACCCCAGGAAGCAGCUAAUUACCACACAGCUUUUCACUCACUCUCCCCAGCACUCAACUGGAUGGGGGAAUCAGAAGAUCAAAAGUCAGAAAACUCAUAGUUUGAGAUAAAGACAGUUCAGUAAGAAACAAAAACACAAAACCAAAAUCAAAAACAAGUGAUACAAAACACAAUUGCUUACUACCAGCCAACCACCGCACAGCCAGUCUCCAAGCAAUGGCAGCAGCCACCAGGCAACUCUCCCCAGUUUUAUUGUUGAGCAUGAUAUCAUAUGGUAUGGAAUAUUCCUUUGGUCAGUUUGGAUCAGCUGUCCUGGUUGUGUCCCUUCCCAGAAUAUUGUGCACACCCAGCCUACUUGCUAGCAGGCAACUUUAGAAACAGAAAACAUCUUGACUCUCUCACUGAACAGCACUGAUCAGCAACAAAUAAAAUAUUAGUAUGUUAUCAACAUUAUUUUCAUCCUAAAUCCAAAGCACAGCACCAUACCAGAUACUGUGAAGAAAAUUAACCCUAUUCCAACCAAACAAGGACAAAUUCCACCCCUUAUUCCAUACCAUUUACAUCAUGCUCACGCCUACACUUUCCAGGGCAUCCUCAUUAAUCACCACCACCUUUCCUAACCUUUUAUAUAUACACACAGAUCUCAUUCCCUUAGUCUGUUGGUCAUAUCUUUAAAAUGCCUGUUGACUUCAUUUAGUCCAUGACUUUUGGCUCCAUCUAUCAUAAUGGUCCUUCAGGACAAAAAGGUGGUGUGUGGCACUGAAUUUUUGCAUGCUGAAGCUAUCUCUGGUUCUAUCACCACUGCAUUUGCCUGGUUCCUUACAAGAUUCUUCACUAGUUCAGGUGGCUCCUACUGUAAUAGAAUUGACAUGAUAUAUAGCAGCUGCAGCAGAGUUUGACCCUUCCCAUAGACAAGUUUGACUUUUUCCAAGGCAAGAGUAACCCAGACUGUGUUUCUCAGACAGUUUUUUAUGCGCACUACCUGUCCUUUAACCCCUUCUACAGUAUGUAUAGGUUUUGAUUGGGCAGUGUCAGAUUGUCUGGCAGAUCCUUUAGUGCUAACUUACCAAGUGGCCUUUGCUAAAUGUGUAUCCCAGUGCUUGAAUGUCCCAGCAUCCACUGUUCUCAGUGUAGUCUUUAAUAGUCCACUGUAUUGUUCAACUUUCUGGAGGCUGGUGCAUGAUAAGGGAUAUGAUAUACCUGGCCAAUACCAUGCUCUUUGACCCAGGUGUAUAUUAAGUUGUUUCAGAAAUGAGUCUCACUGUCUGAUUCAUUUCUGUCUGGGGUGCCAUGUCACCGUAAGACUUGCUAUUCAAGGUCUAGGACAGCAUUUUGGGUGGUGUCAUGGGGCACAGGAUAUAUUUCCUACCAUCAAGUAUUUGCUUCCACAACUGUUAGUACAUAGUGUUUGCCUUGAAAGGUUGGUGGUAGUGGGAUAUAAUCAAUCUGCCAGGUCUCCUCAUAUUGAAGUCCAUACCAGAGAGGCUUUAACCACUUGGCUUGCUUGAUCGUGGUACAUGUUUUGCACUCAUGGAUAACCCAUGCAGCGAUGUCCACGGUCAAGUCCAUUUCUCAAUCAUGAGCCCAUCUAUAUGUUGCAUCUCCUCCUUGAUGGUCUGAGGUGCCAUGGGCCCAACAAGAUAUAAAUAAUUCACCCUUAUGUUGCUAGUCUAGAUCCACCUAAGCCACUUCAAUUCUAGCAGCCUGAUCCACCUGCUAGUUGUUUUGAUGUUCCUCAGUGACACAGCUCUUGGGUAUGUGAGCAUCUACAUGAUGUACCUUUACAACCAGGUUCUCUACCCAGGCAGCAAUCUCUUGCCCCAGUGCGGCAGCCUGGAUAGGUUUGCCUCUGUGCUGCCAAUCGCUCUGCUUCCAUUGUUGUAACCACCCCCACAGGGCACUUGCCACCAUCAUGAGUCAGCAUAGUGUUAAAGCACUGGCCACUUUUCCCAUUCAGCAGUAUCUAAAGCCAACUGGCUGGCCUUCACUUCUGCAAACUGGCUUAAUUCACCUUCUCCUUCAGCAGUUUCUGCGACUUCUUGUUUAGGGCUCCGUACAACAGCUUUCCAUCUCUGAUGCUUUCCUACAAUACUACAGGACCCAUCAGUGAAGAGGAGAUAUUGCUUGUCAUUCUCUGGUAGUUUAUUACGCAAUGGGAUCUCUUCAUCAGACAUCACCUCCUCCUCUGGUGAUAGUCUGAAAUCUCUGCCAAUCCAUGAUCACCUCCCAGAUUUGUGUCUGGCUGGGGUUUCCUAUCCAAUGCUGUUGUGUUGUCAGUGUGACCCACUUACUUCAUGUAGCAGCGCUUGCAUGAUGUGUAGAGGGAAUCCUGCCUUUGAACAUUCAGCUUAGCACAGUUAAUCGAGGUUCCAAGAGGAGCUGUGCAUCACUACCAACUACUUCUGAAGCACCUCAAAACCCUUCAUAUGCUGCUAGUAUCUCUUUUUCAGCUGGAGUGCAGCAGGCCACAGAUUAUCCGUAUCCCUGACUCCAAAAUUCCAAAGGGGUGCUUGCUGCCAAAGGCUCUUGGUGGGGCCUUGCUCCCCUGCUGUGGUGUAAAGCACUUU